AUGCAAGCACCAAACUACAGUGGACCAAAUGCUGUCCGUUGCAGUAUGCUGGUGGUGCGUCGUACAUUGGUGGUACGUGGACUCCGAUGGUCCGAAAACCUAACUGGUCCAGAAUUGGUGAUUCUGGAGCAGGGGAACAAUGCAAUGGUGCCUAACGCAGCUAGAGGAUCCGUCGAAUUCCAUGUGGAUAGUAGUGACAUGAAACCUGAAGUUCACAACUCCCGUUCAAUCUGUUCAAAACCACCAAAACAUUGGCCGUACAGAGAGAAUGCCGGUAGUACCUACGAACUACUUACCUACCGUUGGUGCAAUUUCGGUUCCAGUCUUUUACACAACAUUGUGACUUCCGGUGUGCUUGGCCGUCAUAAAGAAGUAAUAGUCAGAAAACUGCUAUCUACAGCCCAGACAAAAGAGGACACCAUAGGCCCGACUGGCCAGCGAAACCGGAAGGCAUACAAUCAAGUUAUAAGAAAUUUAGAAAAGAAUGCGCAGGAUCGAGGCGUCUUCUCCUCGGGUGUGAAGCGCAAACCAAACCAUGCGGAAGAAUUAUUUACGUUAUUUAAAAUGGGUUGA